AUGCACCCAUUUGCUACCCAAGAACGUGUUACCGAUAAUCAAUUGUACAUUUUGUCAACACUAAUCCCAAUGAUUGUAAUAAGCAUUCUUUCAUUAUAUCUAGCACCUACGAAUUUUGACAAAUUGCAUUUGUUACAAGUAUCCAAUUUAGGAUUAUUAUUCGGUGUAAGUGCAGUUUCCGUGUUAACCGAUAUUUUAAAGUGUUGGAUAGGCAAUCCAAGACCUGAUUUCAUCGACCGAUGCGGUCCCAAAGAAGGCACUCCAUUGAAUGUCUUGUUUAGUAUAAGUGAUCAAAUAUGUACAUCACCUUAUGGCGCCAAGUAUUUAUCUGAUGGGAUGAAAUCUACACCACUGGGACAUUCGUCCAUGGCAUUUGCCGGAUUGGUAUAUUUAUCACUUUGGUUAAUUGGUCAAUUCAAAUUGAUCAACCGUCAAAAUGAACUUGAUAAUAAAUUGGUAUUUUUGAUUAUUGUAUGCUUACCAAUAUUGUUGGCUUCGUAUAUUGGAUUGAGCAGGACUCAAGAUUACAGACAUCAUUUCUUUGAUGUCUGCUUUGGUAGUGGUUUAGGUAUUGUUUUUGCUGUUGUUUCGUAUUUCAAAUAUUUUAGGACAUUGAGUGACUCGAAAUGUAAUGAACCUAUAGACUACUAA